CGUCGACACCAAUUGAUUGCAAUAUAUUUUUUUUAUCACAUGUUUUGCCGAAUCAAUGAUUGAAUGAAUUGUUUUAUGUUUUGAUUACAAACUUUUUUUUAUGUCAUUUGUUUUAAUCGCUGAAGAAGAAGAAGACAUUGAUAUUGUGAACGACCGAUGAUGUCGUCGUCCACCGCUUUGAGACCAAUGUUGACGACAAAAGGACAUCAAUUGCUCUAUCGAUGGCUAUCAGCACAUCGCAGUCCACUUAACAGUUGCCGCCGAUGUCUGACCACUACCGGUGUAUCGUCGAGACAACGGCGUCGACAGUCGUCUUCUGCCGAUAAGAAAAAUACAUCAAAUGUUGUCGUCGAUAGUAAUGUUGAUUAUUUGGGUGUCUUGGAGACCAACAGCCGAGUUUCGGCCGGUUUGUAUGACUCGAACUUCAGUGCCGAUACUCUAUACGAAACGUACGGCGAUUUGACCACUGGUCGUAACAGUCGACAAAGUGAUCAAAAGUAUAUGUUGACCACUUUCGGCAGAGUGAGACUCGACCAACAAAAUAUGCCCAAAUUUCACGGUCACUACGACCCGACCAACACUCGCGCCGGGUUUAAUAUGGCUGAGUUUGAGGACAAACUGAAACAAUUGAAGACAACCGAUGAAACUAAUAGUCAAAAUCUAUCGGACAAAUCUGAGGAUAAUAUCAUUGAAGACCAAUAUUUUGAUUCGGUUUUAGUAAGAGACAGCAAUAACACCGCAGAGGUCACCGAAAAAGAUACCACGAAAUCUGAUUUAUCAUACAUUGAUAAACAAUACUUUGUGGACAAUACUAAUAUCGAGCCGUUGUUUAAAAAGACGAUUGACUUCAAGUAUACUCAAGAUUUUAAUCAGUAUUUGAAGGAAAACAAAGAAGAGAUAAAAGAGGAAAUUGAUUUCAUUCGUCAAAAUCGACGCCAAAAUUUUGCCACUGACGACAGCGACGAUGAUAUGGAUCAGUUUAAUCGACAAAACAAGAUAACAGCCGAACCUUUCGACAAGAGUUUAUUGACUGAAUCUCCGCUAAAAUCUGAAUUAUUUACCCAACACUUUGAUUAUAAGUCAGAACUGGUUUCCAACGAAGAGAAGAUAGCAGAAGAACUAGAAAAUGCUAAGAUUGAAGAACAAAAAGACAUUAAAUUGGAUGAAGUAGUGAAACCAAGUCUUCAAUAUCUACCAAAAACUAGAACCGCUGCUCAAUAUUUGUCUGAUCUUCAAUCGGGUAAACAAAUGCCUGAAUAUUCCAAAGGGUUUAGUAAUGAUGUAAACAAAAAUUUUCGCCAAGAAAUGAAUUUAGGAAUUGAAAAGUUAGAUUCAAAAGGAUAUCGUGUAUUAAGUGGACAGGUAUUUGACUAUUCAAAGUUAACCAAAGAAGACAUUGUAAAACUGUUGCUUCGGUCAGUUCUCUUCAAUGAUGAAGAUAUUGUGGCCAUCAAUAAACCCUACGGAAUGUCAAUUCAUGAGUGUGAAGGCAAGUAUACACCCGUUUUGACAGAAUAUUUGCCUGAAUUAUAUGAAACUCUUGGCUGCGAUAUGUUAUAUACCGUUCAUCGGUUGGAUAAAGACACUACCGGUGCUCUCUUAUUGGCCAAAACACAGACAAUGGCUAAUUUGUUAAAUAAAUUGUUUGCCGAACACAAGAUUAUCAAACGAUACUAUUGUAUAACACGUGGAGUUCCCGAUCAACUCGAGGGUAUCAUCGAUAUACCCAUUGAAAUGGGUAAGUGUGACGGUAAAGAGAGAAUGGUUUUGAGGCCACAGGCUCUCGAGGAGUAUCGAAAUACUGUUAAGUCAUUUAAAUAUGCCAAACGUGCUGUCACUCAAUAUAAAGUGAUGGCACACAAUAAUAAUGCGGCUCUUUUAGAGGUAUGGCCACAAACUGGAGUCAAACAUCAAAUUCGGGUUCAUUUAGGCUUUGGUCUGCGGUGUCCAAUAUUAGGUGACCACAAAUAUUCUCAUUUGGAUAAAAUAGUGCCUCAAAAGUUGACGUCCGAUAUGUUGGUGGCGUUGAAAGUGCGACAGUCCAAAGUACGACACAUACCCAUGCAUUUACACGCACGACAGUACUGUUUGUCUGGUAUCGGCAGAAAUGGCAAAAAUAUCUUUAUUAACGCUCCGUUUCCGCAUCACUUCUACAAAAAUAUGUCGCGACUUAAACUCAGAGAAUAAUUUAGACUCUCAUUGAUGUUAACAAAAAAAUGGUUGUCAACUGUUGAAAGUGAUAUCAAAUAUACAGUAGUGAUGACCACAGGUUAUUGGCUACCGGUUCCGACUAGAAUUGGCCGAUUAUGUUGGUAUAGUUAUUGCC